AUGGGCGCUGUGGUUGUUGUGUUUACGUUUGUUGAGGUGGAAGGGAAUAUGGAUAUCAGGGUUAGCGGGGCUGUUACUGCAGCUAAACUCAUAUUCAAUUUCUUUUUAUUCCCUUCCCUUCCCCUUUAUGUACUAUUAAACGGCUCGGCUACGACGUUCAGCAAUGACCUCUUUUGGUCCUUGCUGAACGGACCAAAAGGUGCACACACCAUUGGCGUUGCUCAUUGUGGAGCUUUCUCUAGGAGGCUUAACUUCACUGGAAAGGGGGAUAAUGAUCAAUCUCUUGAUCCAACUUAUGUUGAAACACUAAAAGAACAGUGCUCUAAUCAAGCAAAUCCUGCGACAACUGUGGAAAUGGAUCCUCGAAGCUCACUUUCGUUCGAUACUCGUUAUUUCGCCACUGUUAAUCAAAACAAGGGCCUUUUCCAGUCCGAUGCAGCCCUCCUUAUGAACCCGAUUUCAGCCGGGAUCGUAAAACAGUUGGAAGGUCCCUGGGCUUUUUUCGACCAGUUUGGUAAAUCAAUGGUGAAAAUGGGAGCUAUAGAAGUUUUGGUUGGGAAUGUAGGAGAAAUCAGAAAGAACUGCCGAAUAAUCAUCAACCCAUAA